AUGGACUCAUACGGUGGUGGUGGACAGGCCCGCGGCUGCUACAACUGUGGCGAUGCUUCUCACCAGGCUCGCGAUUGCCCAACCCGAGGCCCUGCUAAGUGCUAUAACUGUGGUGGUGAAGGACACAUGAGCCGUGAAUGCCCAGAGGGUCCUAAGGACAAGACAUGCUACAAGUGCGGUCAGCCAGGUCACAUCUCCCGUGAUUGCACCAACCCUCCCGUUGAGGGCGCUGGACGUGGUGGCGGUGGCUUCUCUUCCGGUGGCGGUGGAUCCCAAGAGUGCUACAAGUGCUCCAAGAUCGGACACAUCGCUCGUAACUGCCCCGAGGCUGGUGGAUAUGGCGGCGGUGCCGGUGGCGGAUACGGUGGCCAGCAAGGAGGUUUCGGUGGCGGCUUCGGUGGUGGUGGUGGUCGUCCAGGACAGACCUGCUACUCCUGCGGAGGUUACGGCCACAUGUCGAGGGAUUGUACCCAAGGCCAGAAGUGCUACAACUGUGGCGAGGUUGGUCACUUGAGCCGUGACUGCCCCUCCGAGACUUCGAGCGAGCGCACUUGCUACAAGUGCAAGCAGCCAGGUCACGUUCAGGCCCAGUGCCCCAACUAA